AUGAGUUAUGAUAUUAAACCAGACGUUACGUCCCUCGAUGAAGAUUUAAGAUUAUUGAGAGAAGGAAAAUUCGAUCAAAAUUCAAUUAAUAGUAUUCAAGGAUGGAUAUAUACAAGUGUACUUAAGGAAAAUAUUCCUAAUGAAAAUUUAUUGGAUUCAUUAAAGAGUGGAGUUACUCUUUGUAAACUUGCCAAUACACUUUCACAAGCAGAUAUUGGAUCUUCAAUAAUAAAGUGGAAAGAGAGUAAAAUGCCAUUUGUUCAAAUGGAACAAAUUUCACAAUUUUUAACAUUUUUAAGACAAUAUGGAGUUCCAGAAGAUGAAUUGUUUCAAACUGUUGAUUUAUAUGAAGAAAAAGAUCCUGCCUCAGUAUAUCAAGCGUUAAAAUCAUUAUCAAGAUAUGCUAAUAAAAGACAUCCUGAUUUAUUUCCUGUACUUGGUCCUCAAAUUGCAACUAAAAAACCUCGUCCACCAGUUAAACAAAAACCUAAACAUUUAAAAGGUGAGAGUGGUUGGAGUACCGUAGAAUAUGGUUAUAUGAAAGGAGCGUCACAAGGUUCGGAAGGUAUCGUCUUUGGUCAAAGAAGGAAUAUCUUAUAA